AUCAUUUAUUUACUAUACAAACACAUUUAUUAAAUUAAUAUGUUUUAUGUUUAUGUUAACUGUCGACUUUCACUUAGUCGCUGUUGUUUCUAGGGGAACAUUUACAAUGUGACGCCCUUUAAAUUUGUUGCUGUUUACCUUCACCAGUUGGUGGAUUUGUGAAGUAAAUCAUGUGAAAUGGAGCUCCAGGAAAAAGAAGCCGUGCCGAUAUUUACAGAAGUGAAUAAAGACGUGUUUCUGCGAGAGAUUUAUCCGGAGCGCAGACCAGCCGUGCUGAGAGGCGUGUGUCUCGGGCCGUGUCUGCAGAAGUGGACAGUAGAAUAUCUGGGACAGAGAGGAGGAGACAAGGAGGUGAAGAUUCAUGUUUCCACGGUGUCGCAGAUGGACUUCCUUCACAAAAACUUUGCGUACAAGACUCUGCCCUUCAAGGAAUUUGUGAAAAGGGCAUCUGAGAAAAAACACACAGAUUUUUUCCUGUGUGAGGAUGAGAGCUAUUACCUUCGAUCACUGGGAGAGGACGUACGAAAGGAACCUGCUGAUCUGAGCAAACAGUUCGCAGACUUGGCAGAGGAUUUUCACAUCCCACAGUUCUUUGAAACUGAUCAGUUUUUCUCCAGCGUGUUCAGAAUCAGCUCCUGUGGUCUGCAGCUGUGGACACACUACGAUGUGAUGGACAACCUGCUGGCUCAGGUGACAGGGACAAAGAGAGUUGUUCUCUACAGCCCCCAGGAUGCAUUGCACCUCUACCUGUCAGGGGAUAAAUCAGAGGUCCUGGACAUCGACUCCCCAGACCUGAACCGGUUUCCUCAGUUUGUGAAAGCGAAGCGAUAUGAGUGUGUGCUGGAGCCUGGAGAUCUGCUGUUUAUCCCUGCCCUGUGGUUCCACAACACUCUGGCGCUGCAGUUCGGUGUGGGUGUAAACGUGUUCUGGCGCCAUCUAGCUGCUGACAGCUACGACAGGAAGGACCCAUACGGGAACAAAGACCCCGUGGCUGCGACUCGAGCCCUGCAGGCCCUGGAGAGAGCUCUGCACACUCUGGAUGAGCUCCCUGCUGAUUAUAAGGACUUCUAUGGGCGCCGUAUGAUACAGCGCAUCCAGCAGAGGACGUUCUGUGACCGUGUGUCCAGAACAAACACACAGGACAGCAAAACACCAGCCAGCAGAACCUCAACAUGCACCAAACCUGGAUGAAUGUGCAGUCAAAGAAACAGAUGAAACGUGUGUUGCUGUCCGGGUCGUGCUUUCAAUGUCAUUAUAACAGAGAAUGUGGAAGAUUGGAAGAACCUUGAAGAUUAAAACAUUCUUUUUUUUGUGGCUAAUUUCCACAAGAGAGUUUAACUUAACCCAUUGACGCCUAAAACUGCCUGUAAAACCUCUGGGCGAUUUUAAAAUAAGCCCCUAAAACCUGAAGUUUUUCUGGAAAUUCAACAGAAGUCUCAACGCUUCUACUAAAUAAUAGAUUUUUCAGCCUCUGUAGCAGAUAGAAAUGAAAUUCAAAAAGUACUUGAGAGCUUAUACAAAUACUACAAAACGACAUAUCCGCUUUCCAGGCUUCAAUGGGUUAAUGUUUUUAAAAAAUGACAAUAAAUGGGGGUUUCCUGCUGAGAAAGGUCUUUUCCUAAAAAUCUGCAAAGUAUUUUGUCUUGUGCAUUGCAUAAAAAUGAAAACACCAAAGCAUAUUUGAUGCUUUAGCAAAGAUGAUAAACUCCUUUAUAUUUUAAGAGUCGAUCUGUUGAGUUUCUUUCAUAACAGGUGUCUGAAAAAGGCAUUUCUACACUUUUAGAAAUAUAUAAUUCCUUAAGAUAUAAGAUAUAAUUUCUCAUCUAUUGUUUGAUUUUGGUGCAGACCAUGUUGCUGCCAUUUGUCCUUUUUUUUUUUUACCUGAAAUUUUUUACAUUUUACCUUCAUUAGGUUGAGGCGCAAUCUAAAUAAUCUAAUUUUUCAGAACACUGAAAUCUCUUCCAAUUCUUGGAGUCUAUUUAGUCCUCUCACAGACACACACACUUUUCAUCACACACUUAUACCCUUAUUAUUUAGAAUAACUACUUUUUGGAAUACACAUGUUGUCCAUUUAAUGUUGUACAUGUAUGAGUGAUGUGCCAACCUCUUCUAUGAAAACAUUUUAAAUUCCUUUAAAGAUUGCUAAAUAUGAAUAUGGUAAUUUGAUUAUAAUUAUUAAGUUCAAUAAUUAUUUUACCCAAUAGGACUUUCUUAGGAUCACAGAAGAAGCUUUCAAACUAGCAUCUAUAGCUGCUAUUUAUAUUAUUCUGUGCGCUAAAAGAGCUCAAUUGUAUAAUCUUAAGGAACUAAAUUCUCCUUAAAGAUUCUGAUCCCCAAAUAACUCGCUGAAGAUUAAAUAAUGCAUUUGUUGUUAUUUACUGGGAGGUUGUCCUGUGUCUCUUGGAGUUAGGGUGAUUUUAUUUUUCAUGUA